CACCCGGUCGUCUCCAUACCCCUCAACCCCAUCUCAACUGUUCAGGAAUUCAUCAAUCGUUUAUAAGUUCAGGCCAAACCCUUCAUCCCAUCUCUUUCCUCCUGCUCCUGCACCUCAUCCUCCCAAGUCGUCUCAUUCUUCUCAAAUUUAAUUCCCUCGAUUCGCACUCCUAAAGGCGUUCUUCCCGCGUACACAGAGGAAGCUCUGAGUGAACCUCCGCUAGCUCCAGCACCACAUCCGCCACGGCUGAUCUCCUCCUCCUCUUCCACCACCACCACAACCACUGCCGCCGCCGCCGCCGCCGCCACAAUGUCCAACCUCUUCGUCGAGCUCAAGACGCCCAUCACGGGCCCCUACAAGCAACCCACCGGACUUUUCAUCAACAACGAAUUCGUCGAGGGUGUGGAGAAGAAGACGUUCGAGGUCAUUAACCCGAGCACCGAAGAGGUCAUCUGCUCGGUGCACGAGGCCACAGAGAAGGAUGUCGACAUCGCCGUCGCCGCCGCCCGCAAGGCGUUUGAGGGCGAGUGGCGCCGCGUCACCCCGCAGCAGCGCGGCGUCCUGCUGCUAAAGCUGGCCGAUCUCGCCGAGAAGAACCUGGACCUUCUGGCCGCGGUCGAGUCGCUCGACAACGGCAAGUCCAUCACCAUGGCCCGCGGCGACGUCGCCGCCGUUGUCGGGUGCAUCCGCUACUACGGCGGCUGGGCCGACAAGAUCGAGGGCAGGACCAUCGACAUCAACCCGGACAUGUUCAGCUACACGAGGCGCGAGCCGAUUGGUGUCUGCGGCCAAAUCAUUCCCUGGAACUUCCCGCUGCUCAUGCUUGCGUGGAAGAUCGGCCCUGCGCUGGCCACCGGAAACACGGUUGUCCUCAAGACGGCCGAGCAGACCCCGCUGUCGGCCCUCGUCUUUGCCCAGUUCGUCAAGGAGGCCGGCUUCCCCCCGGGCGUCCUCAACAUCAUCUCGGGUUUCGGCAGGACCGCCGGCGCCGCCCUCUCGUCGCACAUGGACGUCGACAAGAUCGCCUUUACCGGCUCCACCAUCGUCGGCCGUACCAUCAUGAAGGCCGCCGCCUCGUCCAACCUGAAGAAGGUCACCCUCGAGCUCGGCGGCAAGUCUCCCAACAUUGUCUUCAACGACGCCGACAUCGAGGAGGCCAUCAGCUGGGUCAACUUUGGCAUCUACUACAACCAUGGCCAAUGCUGCUGCGCCGGUUCGCGCAUCUACGUCCAGGAGGGCAUCUACGACAAGUUCGUUGAGGCCUUCAAGAAGCGGGCGGAGCAGAACAAGGUGGGCGACCCGUUCCACCCGGAGACCUUCCAGGGCCCGCAGGUCAGCCAGCUGCAGUACGACCGCAUCAUGGGCUACAUCCAGUCGGGUAAGGAGCAGGGCGCGCGCGUGGUGACGGGCGGCAACCGCCACGGCGACAAGGGCUACUUCAUCCAGCCGACCAUCUUCGCCGACGUGAGGCAGGACAUGACGAUCAUGCAGGAGGAGAUCUUCGGCCCCGUCUGCGCCAUCGCAAAGUUCUCCACCGUGGAGGAGGCCAUCAAGCUCGGCAACGACACCUCCUACGGUCUGGCCGCCUCGGUCCACACCAAGGACCUCAACACGGCCAUCCGCGUCAGCAACGGUCUCAGGGCCGGCACCGUCUGGGUCAACUGCCACAACAUACUCAACCACGCCCUCCCGUUCGGCGGCUUCAAGACGUCCGGCAUCGGCCGCGAGCUCGGCGAGCUGGCCCUGGCCAACUACACCGAGAACAAGAGCGUUGCCGUCAACAUGGCCGGCAAGCUGUUCUAAAAUCUCAUGCCCCGGGCUAGGGUCCAAGGGGAGGCCUAUACCCCCAACAGAUUUCCGUCUACCGAUUGGAUUGAUUCAGGUCACAUGAAAGCGGAAGAACGCGGGCGGGAUGGAUCGGUUCUCUUUCCCUUGCCGGUUGUCUUUUCAUCUUCAUCGCUCUGGGCGAGAGGGCAUGAGUAAGACUGUGAUGAGCAAUGACUGUAUAACUGGCUGAUAGCAAAAUAUUCAUCGUAGAUUGUUAUUUCUGUAUUCGAAUAUGAUUGUCUUUCUUAAGGAC